AUGGAUAAGAGUAAGAAGAGAGUAGUUGAAUAUAUGGAUAAAAUAUUGGCUGAUAGUGAAAAGGCAGCCUCUGAAGACCUCUUAUUUUCCUAUAAGGGAAUUUUGUACCCUGCUACUGUAUGCAGCCCUGAAACUUUCCAAGCUCUUGAUUCUUUUGAAGCCAGGAGUGACGACGUGAUCCUAGUGGCGUAUCCUAAAAAUGGUUCUAACUGGCUUGAUCAAGUCCUAAAUGACUUGGAAAUUACAGCUACAAAAUAUACAGAGGAGGAAAUUAAUGAGAGAAUGAAUAGUGCAAAUGAAUUAUUGGUAUUGCCACGUCUAGAAUUCGGGGAUCCAGAGAAAUUUAAGAUGAUGAAGGAAUUACCUUUCAGAAGAAUCAUAGUAACACAUCUCUCUCCUCAAGUCCUGCCCAAAUCUAUUUUCAAGAGCAAGGCCAAGAUACUACUGCUGGUUCGAAAUCCAAAAGACACUGCUGUAUCUUACUUCCAUUUUUACAACAAUAUGCCUGCACUUCCCUCCUUCAGCUCAUGGGAUGAGUAUUUUACAGCUUUUAUGCAUGGAAAAUUGUGUUGGGGCUCCUAUUUUGAUUAUUUAGUUGAAUGGAACAAGCAUAUGGAUGAUGAAAAUGUUAUGUUGAUAACCUAUGAAGAGCUGAAAGAGAAUGAGACGUUAGGACUGAAAAAAAUAGCUGACUUCUUUGGAUUCUCUGUAAGUGAGGAAGAGAUUCAGACUGUUGCGGAGAAGAGCAGCUUCGAAGCUAUGAAAGAGAACUCCUUCAAAACCCAUGGAACAUUUGGGAAAAUUCUCUUCCGUAAAGGAACAGUUGGUGACUGGAAGGACCAUUUCUCUGAAGCUCAGAAUAAAGAAAUGGACAGAAAAUUUGAAGAGUAUUUAGCAGGAACUAAAGUGGGAGGAAAGAUGAAAUAUGGGGUGUAUUGCAAAGCCUAA